AUGGAAACUUCUCGAGAUACAAAUCCAAAUAAUGUUAGAGUUUUUUGCAGAUUCAGACCUCUAAGCACUAAUGAAGCACAGAUUUUUCAAACAAAAUUUAUAGAUAUCUCUUCAGAUUGCAAAUCUAUAAUUAUCCAACCCUCAAAGCAAGGAGCAGACACUCAGAUUUUUAACUAUGAUCACGCUUUCGCUUCAGAGUCUUCUCAAGAAUUAGUUUAUGAAUUAUCAGCAAAACCAAUAGUAGACUCUGUAAUGCACGGAUUUAAUGGAACUAUUUUCGCUUAUGGGCAGACUGCAUCAGGGAAAACCUAUACAAUGAUGGGACCUAGCUUAGAUAGCAGUGAUCAUGUGGGAAUAAUUCCUCGCACAAUAUCAACAGUUUUUUCUGAAAUUGAUAAUUCAGAAUCUUCAGUUGAGUUUAGCGUAAAAGUCUCUUAUUGUGAAUUAUGCCACUAUUAUUUAAUAAAAUAUUAAUUUUUUAUUAUUUUUAUAAAAAUCCCAUUCAAUAUAAGGACCCCCCCCUCAUUUGUCGAAUUUUCUAGUCUUUUUUUAUAAGAAAUUUUUUUUUUCAGGGCCUCAUUUGUCCAAAAAUCUAGUCAAAAAUGAUUUGUCCAAUUUUCUAGUCUUUUUUGCAUUUUUUCGAAUGCCCUAAAUUCUAGUUUUUUACUUUAAAAAAACUAGAAAAUGAGACAAUUGAGGUCCUGAAAAUUUUUUUUUCUCUAUCAAAAAUUUUGACUAGAAAAUUGGACAAAUGAGGUCCUAAAACAAUUUUUUUUUCCUAUAAAAAAAACUAGAAAAAUGGACAAAUGAUAAAAGACUAGAAAAUUGGACAAAUGAGGGGGGGGGGUCCUUAUAUACUAUAUAUAUGGAAGAUGUAAAAGAUUUAUUAAAUGAAAACAAAGGAAAGCUAAAAAUAAGAGAAGACAAAGCGAGGGGCGUAUAUCUUGAAGGGCUAACAGAAGUAUAUGUAUCUUCUGGAGAAGAAGUUUAUGAGCUACUAGAAUAUGGAAACAGCAAUCGAGUUGUAGGAUUUACAAGAAUGAAUGAACGUUCUUCCCGAUCCCACUCGAUUUUUACCUUAACAGUUUCCCAGACAAACACAGUUGAUUUAUCACAAAAAUCAGGUAAGCUCCAUUUAAUUGAUUUAGCAGGAUCAGAAAAAGUUUCUAAAACAGGAGCAGAAGGAACAAGACUAGAAGAAGCCAAAAAAAUCAAUAAAUCAUUAACAGCGCUUGGACUUGUAAUAAACUCUUUAUCAAAAGGCGCAAAAGGGCAUAUCCCAUACAGAGACUCCAAAUUAACAUGGAUACUUCAAGAUUCUUUAGGAGGAAAUUCGCUAACCUCUGUCAUUAUAACUUGUUCACCUUCUUUAUAUAACGAAGAUGAAACUAUCAGUUCGUUAAGAUUUGGGAUCAGGGCAAAGCUAAUUUCCAAUACUCCAAAAAUUAAUAAAGAAUUUACUGUUGGUGAGCUGAAACUGGGUGAUGCGGGUUGGCUGUCAACGAGCCGACAACCACUUAAAAAAAAGGUGGUUAUCUGCACUUUGUGCGGCUUGGCUGCCAAAAAACCUAUAAAAAUUUCAAAAAAUGUUUGCGGCUUAUCUGCAAACCGUUGUUUUCAGCUAACCCGUCUUGUAUUUUUAAUAUAAAAAAUUUACGACAUACAACCCUUCAAAAAUUAAGUGCUUAGCUGACAUUGAGUGCUGCUUAGCUGCGGAAAAAAAAAAAGUGCGUGCGGCUUGUAUGUCAAAAAACGCACCCUUUUUUUUUGGCAUUCGGGUUAGCUGCAAAUUAUAAAAAAUUGUAUUUUUUAAUAAUGAAUAUUGAAGAUACUAAAGUAUAUUUACUGCUACUCAAUUAAAAUACGAUUUCUAAUGGAUUUGAAAAUACAUUGAACACUCUAUCCCUUAUCAGAAUAUUUAUAAAAAAUAGUCAGCUAACCCGCAGGUUAAAACAUAAGUGAAUUUAGCAAUAUUAAACCUCCGAUGCUUUUCUAGAAAAUAGCAGCUAAGCCGCACAACUGUGCAGCUAACCACCUAAAUUUUUUGUGGUUGUCUUUUUAUAUAAUUUUCAAUAGCGCAAAUUCGUGGCGGGAUAUAUGCAAACUGUUAUUUUUUAAUGCAUAUGUUAAGAUUUUUAUGUUAAAUUUCGACAGACAAACCGCUAAAGUUGCAGAUAACAACCUUUUUUUUAAGUUGUUAGCUGCGAGUUAGAACAGCUUAAAUUUGGCAUGCAGUUAACCGCUUAACAAAAAGUUGUUAUCUGCAACUUUAGCGGCUUAGCUGUCAAAAACAUAUUAAAAAAUUGAUAUAUUUCAUUAAAAAAACAACGGCUUGCAGAUAUCCCUCCAUGAAGAUUUUUAUAUUGAAAAAUAAACGACUGAUAACCACUAAAAAAUUAGGUGGUUAGCUGCAAGGGGUGCGGCUUAGCUGUCGUCCCUAUUAAAAAAAGAUAAUUUUAUUGUCCCUGUUUUUUGUAGGCGGGUUAGCUGUUAACUAGCUUAAUGUGCUUUUUUUGUACGCGAUAAGAGAGCGCUAUAGCUAAUGUGAUACAGAAUUAACUAAUGCAGUCAAAAUUUGCUUAUACAAGGUGUGCUACAGUCAGUGCUGGUUCAGGAUAUGCUUUUUCAGGAUGGACUAAUACAAGGCAUAAUAAAGGUUGCACUAGAUCUGGUUGCGCAAGUGCAGGUAGUACAAAGCAUAUUACAGGAUUCGCUUAUGUAAGAUAUGCUAAAUAAGGAUCAGUUAGUACAUGGUUUAAUUCAGGAUGGCCUAGUACUCGAUGUGCUAGUUCAGGAUGUUCUAGUACAAUGUUAUAUAGGAUACUCUAAUGCAGGAUUUGUAAAUAAAAUAUGAAAAUAAUGACAAUUUAAUUAUCUUCUUCUUUCAUCAUGAACUAUUUAUUUCUAAUUAACGGUAAUUCGCAAUGUCUUGAACGAUUUUCAAUAAAAACAUUAUUUCCUCGAUUGUGCAUGCAAUAGCCAUCUUCUUCCUGUAUGUUUUAUGAUGAAUUCGAUUAUAUUUAUUUCAGUAAUUUUAGAGAUAAAUAGAAGAUGACAGCAUAUGAUUCUAUAUCUUUCAUACUUUUUGAAUUAGCACUUAAUCGUAUUUUUUAAUAUAUAUUCUUCUUUUAUUUUAUCAGAAAGCUGAGUCCAAACCCUUCAUUUAUCAUCAUCGUUUAUAUUUAGACUUAAUUCCAUAGAGAAAAUUUUUAUAAUAAUUCACGCAGUAUCCAGUAUAUAGCUAACUUAAUGCUCUCAUUGUAUUAAUUCUAAAGGCAGUUUUUUAGUAUGUUUAUAUUCUUAUAGAGUAGUCUUUUCAUCUUCAGUACUUACAAUACUUUUAAAAAUAAUAAAUAUCUUAAAAUUGCUGCUUUUUUUAAUGCUUUUUAUAAUUUUUUUUAGCUUUACGUGCAUUCUUUCAACUCUACUUGUAGUUAGAGUUCCAGCGCUCUCUUAUCGCGUACAAAAAAAAGCACAUUAAGCUAGUUAACAGCUAACCCGCCUACAAAAAACAGGGACAAUAAAAUUAUCUUUUUUUAAUAGGGACGACAGCUAAGCCGCACCCCUUGCAGCUAACCACCUAAUUUUUUAGUGGUUAUCAGUCGUUUAUUUUUCAAUAUAAAAAUCUUCAUGGAGGGAUAUCUGCAAGCCGUUGUUUUUUAAUGAAUAUAUCAAUUUUUUAAUAUGUUUUUGACAGCUAAGCCGCUAAAGUUGCAGAUAACAACUUUUUUGUUAAGCGGUUAACUGCAUGCCAAAUUUAAGCUGUUCUAACUCGCAGCUAACAACUUAAAAAAAAGGUUGUUAUCUGCAACUUUAGCGGUUUGUCUGUCGAAAUUUAACAUAAAAAUCUUAACAUAUGCAUUAAAAAAUAACAGUUUGCAUAUAUCCCGCCACGAAUUUGCGCUAUUGAAAAUUAUAUAUAAAAGACAACCACAAAAAAUUUAGGUGGUUAGCUGCACAGUUGUGCGGCUUAGCUGCUAUUUUCUAGAAAAGCAUCGGAGGUUUAAUAUUGCUAAAUUCACUUAUGUUUUAACCUGCGGGUUAGCUGACUAUUUUUUAUAAAUAUUCUGAUAAGGGAUAGAGUGUUCAAUGUAUUUUCAAAUCCAUUAGAAAUCGUAUUUUAAUUGAGUAGCAGUAAAUAUACUUUAGUAUCUUCAAUAUUCAUUAUUAAAAAAUACAAUUUUUUAUAAUUUGCAGCUAACCCGAAUGCCAAAAAAAAAGGGUGCGUUUUUGACAUACAAGCCGCACGCACUUUUUUUUUUCCGCAGCUAAGCAGCACUCAAUGUCAGCUAAGCACUUAAUUUUUGAAGGGUUGUAUGUCGUAAAUUUUUUAUAUUAAAAAUACAAGACGGGUUAGCUGAAAACAAACGGUUUGCAGAUAAGCCGCAAACAUUUUUUGAAAUUUUUAUAGGUUUUUUGGCAGCCAAGCCGCACAAAGUGCAGAUAACCACCUUUUUUUUUAAGUGGUUGUCGGCUCGUUGACAGCCAACCCGCAUCACCCGCUGAAACUAUUACUAGCUGAAGCUAAAGAAGAAAUAAAGAAAAAAGACAUGAAAAUCAAAAAAUUAGAAGAAACACUAAUGAGGGCUGGACUAUCAAUUUCUCAGUCUACAACUAUUGAUGAUAGUGGACUAUUCGAAAGUGAUACAAGGACUGAGUAUGCUGACCUUAUACAAGAACUUGAGGAAACUAGAGAAAUCCUUUCAAAUGAAGUAGAAGAAAAUUCAAAAAUUAAGGACACCCUUACACAGCUGCAGCUGGAAUUUGUAAAAGUAAGAAAUGACUAUGAAAAACUCAAGACACAGUAUAAAGAAGCAUCUGAUUUUGAAAAAGAAUCAAAAGAAAAAGAUGAAAUUAUUGAAAAGCUGAAAAUAACCCUGGAAUCAAUACAGUCAGAAUUUACUAAUAUAAAUGGGACAAAAGAGUUCCUUGAGAAUAGAUUGGUAGAAAAAGAAGCAGAAAUCGAUUUUUUGAAACAAAGAUAUGAAUAUGCUCCAAGAUCUCAAAGCAAGAUAGAAAAAGAGCAAAAAGAAAUAGCAGUCAUUACCAAAUAUCAUGAAUCUUUAAACCAAGUAGAUUUAAUUUACACCAUUAAUGAAAAUCUCAAUGAAAAUUCAUUACUUGAAGAAAGAAAAAAACUUGCAAAAGACUUGCAUGCAAAAAUAAGGCAAUUGAUCGAGCUUGAAAUUGAAUUUGAAGAUUUCAAAGAAAGAUACACAGCCUUGGAGAAUUCGUUGCCUUUUGACGUUCAAGAAGAAAGAAAGAAAAAUUGUAUAUUAGAAAGAAGAUUGGUUCAACUUUCGAUGAUGUAUCGUCAGUUAACAAAUCAAAAAUCUUCUUUAGUAGUCGACAAAGGAAUUCAUGAGAAAAAAAUUCAAAGACUUACAGAGAAAUUAAAAAUUUCAGAAAAUAAUUAUUUAAAGAUAAAAGAGCAGCUCCGACAAGCUGAUGAACAAAUUCAAGAAUUAAUGAAAGAAGUUGAAACCCCCAACACAAUGCCAAGACUUUCUGUAACUGGGCACAGCGGAUUGAACAUCAAUUCAAAAAUAAAGAAAACAAUGAGAGGAGGAAAAGCUGAUAAAUAUACAGCUAUUUUAGAUCAAUUAAGAACAUUAUCUAAUAAUUUUUAG